AUGCAGUUUUCCCACGCUCUUCUGGCCGCCCUCGUGGCUCUGGCCUCUGCCCAGUCCUCCGCCACCACCUCUGCAUCCUCCUCUCAGCAGUCCGGCUGCUCUCAGGACAUCAAGGUCCAGUCCCAGUCGGACCUCGACAAGAUUGCUGGUUGCAAGAAGCUCGAUGGUUCCAUCGAAAUCACCGGUGAGGCCGGCGUGCUCUCCAUUGACGGAAUCGAGGAGAUCACCGGCUCCCUCAAGGCCAACAACCUGUCUACCCUCAACUCACUGACCGCCCCCAAGCUGACCUCCGUCGGCAAGGACCUCGACCUCCAGGUGCUUAACGGUCUGUCCACCCUCUCCUUCCCCGCCCUCCAGGCCGUCGGAAACCUCAAGUGGAUCACCCUGCCCAACCUCGACGUUAUGCAGCUCAACCAGGGUGUCAACAACGCCACCUCUGUCGUCAUUUCCGACACCUCCAUCAAGGAGCUCAUGGGCAUCAACGUCGUCGACGUCGGUGAGGUCAACAUCAACAACAACCGAUACCUCAAGCAGAUUGCCCUCGGACUCCAGCACGUGACCGAGUCGCUCCAGAUCUCCGACAACGCCCCCGGCCUCGAGGCCCAGUUUGACAGCUUGCAGUGGGCCGCCAACAUCUCUUUCCGAGGUGUCUCUAAGGCCGACAUGCCCAACCUGACCUACGUCAACAACUCCAUCGGCUACGUCAACAACACCAUCAAGAACAUCUCUCUGCCCCAGCUCACCAAGGUUGGCGGUGGUAUCUUCUUUGUGUCCAACUCUGAGCUCACCGACCUCAAGGUCCCCGAGCUCGAGGAGAUUGGCGGUGGUCUCCAGGUCGCCAACAACACCAAGCUCCGAAAGGUCGACGGUUUCCCCAAGGUCAAGUCCGUCGCUGGUGCCAUUGAGAUGCUUGGUAACUUCUCCGAGGCCACCCUCCCCAAGCUCAACCAGGUCAAGGGCGGUGUUGACGUUGAGUCCAACGACUCCGGCUUCAACUGUUCUUCUUGGAACGACGCCCACUCCAACGGUGACAUCCAGGGAGACUCCUACCAGUGCUCCGCCAAGGAGUCCCAGACCUCCGUUGCCCUCUCCGCCACCUCCGGUUCUGGUUCCGCCUCUUCUUCCGCCACCGGCUCUGCUGGCUCCUCUGGCUCCGCCGGCACCUCUGCCGGUUCUUCUGCUCAGGCCUCCGGCUCUUCCGCCAAGAAGGACGGCGACAAGAAGAACUCCGCCAACACUCUGCGAGGCGCCGAGAUCGUCGCUGGCUUCGGUGCUGGUGCCGCCAUCCUCAUCCACUUGCUCUAA